AUGGGUGUCUGCGUCAGACCCCCCAAGUGUCCCGAGUGGCUGCCAUGCCCGCCCCUGGCUCACAAGCCUUGCCACACGAAACAAGGAAUUCAGGCUCAGAAAGGGACCCCACAUGUCGAGUACGGGAUGAGCCAGAAGCGGAGACGCCUGUGGAAGUGGCCCGGACUACACGGCGGAGUGCAGGCAGCACCAGGGAACACAGAGGAGGGGGCGCGGCUGGCCUUGCCCGCCGACUCUCCAGCACGGAGUGGAGCUGGGCCCGUGGGGGAAUGGAGGGCCGGCUGGGCAAGCGCAGUGCACACGGGCGGGGCUCUGAGGGCGCCCAUGGGGCUGGGCUGUGGGGGUCCUGAGAGCCCACCUAGGAGGUCUGGGUGGAAUCUCACCACCUGGUACUCUGCAGCUGGGAGCGACGGGUGA